CACUAUUAAGCACGUAAAAAAUUUUCUUCCACUUGCCAUCGUGCGAAGCGGUCUAGUGGAAAUAGUAAAAUGGCUUCUCUGUGUAGACAAAUUAUUCGCGGAAAUGCGCUUAAAGGUGUUCUCUUGAACUCCGCCCGUCGAGGAUAUGCCGACAAAAUGAUGCCGGAUCCCCUGGAGCACGCCACCGGCCUGGAGAAGAAGGAGCUCCUCGCCAUCCAGUCCGGAGACGAUGAUCCAUUCAACAUGAAGGUCCUGAAGAAGGCUGCCGGCACAAAGGCCAACCCCACCCUGGUGCCCUCCUGCUUCGAUGCCCGGAUUGUUGGAUGCAUAUGCGAGGAACACUCCACAGCUAUCAGCUGGCUUUGGAUACAUAAGGGCCAGCCCCGCCGCUGCGAGUGCGGACACUGGUACAAACUUAUCGAGAAGACGCCCCUCUAAACACAAUUUAGUUUUACGUAGCCACACUGCAAUAAUCGCAUCUCUACGCCGAGCAUUUUUGUUAUCUAUGGUUCCUGGUGUUGCCAUACGCAAAAAUUUAGAGAUGCAAUAGAUGUCAAUAAAUCAGAAAUAAACAUUAAAUAAUUAUAAGCAUA